AUGCCUCAACCAUCACAAUCGGUCAGGGUCGUGGUGAGGUUGCCGUACGACCGACCGGAAGAGGCGGUUCAAGACCCUCCCACAGUUGAAUGGAACACAGAGAAGGAGAAUAUACUUUGGGAGGUGAUUGCGCGCUCGAGGGGCCCGGAUAGCGGGGUCACUGACUGGAAGGGGCUGGCGGCUCAUCUACAAGUACCGUUGCCUUAUCUGUUGUUCAGAGCUCAGACGCGAUAUGAAGAGGAUUUACGGGGACUACAAGGCAUUCGCGGCGCUCUGCAACCGCUCGGUGUUCAGGCCGCAAAGCAAGUGGAGGAGUUCCCUGCCAUCACUGAACGACCGAACUUUCUCCGCAAGGACUCGUACAAAGCGGGCAGCCCCGUUAAACUGACCGGUUCGACACGGAACAAUACUCCUCUCAGUGUACGGGCGCGCUUGAACUCGCUUAACGCUCAGUCUCAGCCGCGACCGAAGAAGGCGACCUCGUCCUCAGCAAUCACCGUCAAGGGAACGAUCCCUCGGCGAGCUAAUCCCACGCUUCGCGCAACGUCUCCCUCUACCUCUGGCUCGGGCUCCUCGGACGAAUCAGAGUCGGAGGCCGUGAAGGCGGAGGAAGCGGAAAGGGCGGCGGAGCAUGAUACGACGCUAGAGCGGAAACUUAGGGAUUUAGAAAGGAUGAUGACGAACGAAACGCUGGGGCUCGUGCAGUCCUCGCAAUUCAGGACCAAGGACAACCCAGUCGAUCGUGGCAGAACUAGCCUAUCAAGCUCUGCGAAGCUCCCUCAUUCAGAUGGGUUUCCACGGAGCGAAAGCCUCUCCAGCACCGACUCUCCUCGAGGUUCGAUCCCAAUGAUACCUUCGCCUCCCUCGGAGUCGCAGCGUUCCUCGCCAGUCAAUAUACAUCCUCGUAUAUCCCCUGGGAAGCCGUCCAGUCCCCCCGCGGUUUCCCCUCGUAGCGCUCGUAGCGUCCGCCAUCACGCUCUCAUACGAGCGAGUACGAGCGAACAGGGCAGCACCCAUGGUUCUUCAGCAUCCAGCUUUAGCGACAUCAGCGGUUAG